AUGGCAGCAGAGCUUCUUCUUACGUUUUCCAUGGAGGAGACUUUGAAAAGGCUGAGUUACAUAGCUGCUGAAGGGAUCAGACUUGCUUGGGGGUUGGAGGGCCAGCUGCGAAAGCUCAACCAGUCCUCGACCAUGAUCCAAGCUGUGCUCCAUGAUGCAGCCAGAAGACCAGUAACAGACGAGUCUGUGAAACGUUGGCUGCAGAACCUACAGGAUGUAGCUUAUGAUGCUGAAGAUGUUCUAGACGAGUUUGCGUAUGAGAUUAUCCGCAAAAACCAAAAGAAGGGAAAGGUAAGUGACUGCUUUUCACUCCACAACCCUGCUGCGUUCCGUUUGAAUAUGGGUCAAAAAGUUAAGAAGAUCAAUGAAGCCCUGGAUGAAAUCCAGAAAGAUGCAGCUAGAUUUGGGCUUGGAUUGACAUCUCUAUCUAUAGAUAGAGCUCAAGAAGUUAGCUGGGAUCCAGAUCGAGAGACAGAUUCCUUCCUUGACAGCUCAGAAGUUGUAGGAAGGGAGGAUGAUGUCUCUAAUGUUGUGGAAUUACUGACUAGCUUAACCAAACACCAGCAUGUCCUUUCGGUUGUUCCUAUUGUGGGGAUGGCUGGCCUUGGAAAGACUACUGUAGCAAAAAAGUUUGUGAAGUGUCUUGAUGCAAUUCUUCGAAACCUUAAGAAAGAGCUGGAAAAUAAGUCAUUUUUUCUUGUUCUUGAUAAUGUGUGGAAUGAAGACCAUGACAAGUGGGAUGCUUUGAAGGAGCUACUGUUAAAAAUUAACAGAAAGAAUGGGAAUGCUGUUGUUGUUACAACCCGCAGUAAGAAAGUGGCAGGCAUGAUGGAGACUACUCUCGGGAGUCAGCACGAGCCAAGGAGACUAUCAGAUGAUCAAAGUUGGUUCAUUAUCAAGCAAAAGGUGAGCAGGGGAGGAGGAACAACAAUAGCUUCAGACUUCGAGUCUAUUGGAAAAGAGAUUGCAAAGAAAUGUGGAGGGAUUCCAUUACUUGCUAAAAUUUUGGGAGGAACUCUUCACGGAAAGCAGGCACAGGAGUGGCAGUCAAUUCUAAACAGUAGAAUUUGGGAUUCUCAGGAUGCAAAUAAAGCUUUGCGCAUAUUGAGACUCAGUUUUGAUCACCUGUCAUCGCCAGCACUAAGAAAAUGUUUUGCAUACUGUUCCAUUUUUCCUAAAGAUUUUGCAAUUGAAAGGGAAGAGCUAAUUCAACUUUGGAUGGCUGAAGGUUUUCUUGGGCCAUCAAAUGGGAGGAUGGAAGACAUAGGCAACAAGUAUUUCAAUGACUUGCUUGCAAAUUCCUUUUUCCAAGAUGUUGAAAGGAAUGAGUAUGAGAUCGUAACAAGAUGCAAGAUGCAUGACCUAGUGCAUGAUCUUGCAUUACAGGUCUCAAAAUCUGAAACGUUAACUCCGGAGGCUGAGGAGGCUGUAGAUAGUGCAUUUCGUAUUCGUCAUCUAAAUCUCAUUUCUUGUGGGGAUGUUGAGUCAACAUUUUCAGAGGUGGUUGUUGGAAAAUUGCAUACUAUUUUCUCAAUGGUUAAUGUAUUAAAUGGGUUUUGGAAAUUCAAAAGCUUGAGAACUCUCAAAUUGAAACUGUCUGAUACCACUAAGUUACCAGAUUCAAUUUGCAAGCUGAGACAUUUGAGAUAUCUUGAUGUCUCAUGUACUAAUAUCAGAGCAUUUCCAGAAUCCAUCACCAAGCUCUACCAUUUGGAAACAUUAAGAUUCAUUGAUUGCAAGUCCCUAGAAAAGCUUCCCAAGAAAAUAAGAAAUUUAAUCAGCUUGAGACAUCUUCAUUUUGAUGAUUCAAACCUAGUGCCAGCUGAGGUUAGACUCUUAACACGCCUUCAAACUUUGCCUUUUUUUGUUGUUGUUCCAAAUCAUAUAGUUGAAGAGCUGGGAUGUUUGAAUGAACUAAGAGGAGUGUUGAAGAUAUGCAAGGUUGAGCAAGUUAGAGACAAAAAAGAAGCUGAGAAGGCGAAACUACGUGAAAAAACAAUGAAGAAUGACCAAAUUGACUGCAACGAGUGCAGAGAACUCCCAACACUUGGAUGUCUUCCUCGCCUUAAAAUCUUAGAGAUAACUAGAAUGCCUAGUGUGAAAUGUAUGGGUAAUGAGUUCUAUAAUAGCAGUGGCAGUGCAACAGUACUGUUUCCAGCACUUAAAGAAUUCAGUUUGUUGGGUUUGGAUGGUCUUGAAGAAUGGAUAGUACCAGGAUGCGAUGAACUGAGAUAUUUAUCUGGUGAAUUUGAAGGCUUCAUGUCACUUCAACUUUUGAGGAUAGAUAAUUGUUCAAAGCUUGCAUCCAUUCCAAGCGUACAACACUGCACAGCUCUGGUGGAAUUGAGUAUAUGGAACUGCCCUGAGUUGAUCUCAAUUCCUGGUGAUUUCCAAGAAUUGAGAUACUCUUUGAAGAAAUUGAGAGUUUGGGUUUUUAAAUUACGAUCUCUUCCAAGAGGACUACAAUGUUGCGCAUCUCUAGAGGAAUUGGAAAUAUAUGAUUGUGGAGAGCUUAUCCAUAUUAAUGAUUUGCAAGAAUUGUCUUCGCUUCAAAGAUUUUCCAUUAAAGAUUGUGAUAAGCUCACCAGUUUUGACUGGCAUGGUUUACUACAAUUAUGUUCUCUUGUUUAUUUUGGAAUCAUUGGGUGUCGGAGUUUGAGUUAUUUUCCAGAGGAUUGCUUAGGCGGCCUCGCCCAGCUGAAAGGAUUGAAAAUCGGUGGUUUCUCAGAGGAGCUGGAGGGUUUUCCAACCGGAGUUGUAAACUCAAUCAAACACCUGAGCGGAUCCCUUGAAAGACUAGAGAUAAAUGGAUGGGAUAAACUGAAGAGUGUACCGCAUCAACUUCAACACCUCACUUCCCUUCAAAGAUUGCAAAUAGGUAAUUUCAAGGGAGAGGAGUUUGAGGAAGCUUUGCCAGAUUGGUUGGCCAACCUUUCUUCUCUUGAAUUUCUUGGGAUUGAGGAUUGCAAGAAGGUGAAGUAUCUACCAAGUUCAACAGCCAUGCAACGCCUCUCCAAAUUAAAGCAAUUGUGGAUUUAUGGAAGUCCACUUCUUUCAGAAAAUUGUAGAAGGGAGAAUGGCUCUGAGUGGCCCAAGAUUUCUCAUAUUCCAAUAAUCAAUAUAAUAUAG